AUGUCUUCAAUACACGACGACACCACCACCUUCUCCGACGACGUCAAACUGUCCACCGGAAUACACCGCUGCUCAGUCCGCCGCAGAUUAUGGCCGUUACGGAGGCAGAAGAAGAAGAACAAGCUGCCGACGGUGAGAUUAGGAGGAAAGCGGCAGUUACUGGUGAGGUUUUUGAAAAGGAUUCGGAUAAAGUGGAUGAAGAUGAAGAAGGCGUGCACUUUGAAGAAGCUGAAAGAGUAUUAUUACUCUGUUUUGAAGGAUGUAAUUGAAGCUGGUGGAAGCUUCGAAACGUUUCAACAGAGACUUCUUCUCGAAACGUCGUUUGCUGUUCCUGUUAUGGGCCUUUCAUUCAACACGUUCCAUUGA